AUGGGCUCCCUCCAAGAGAUCGACUUCGACGACAAGGGCCCUAAGGUGCUGAGUCCGUCGACCCUGGCGCAUGUCGUCCUCCGCACCGGCAAUUUCAAGAAAAUGGUCGACUUCUAUCUGGACUUCUUGGGGGGGACAGUCAGUUACGGGAACGACUUCAUCUCGUUCAUCACAUACGACGACGAACACCAUCGUAUCGCUAUUAUUGGUACGCCAGACACGGGACCUAAAUCGUACACUAGUUCUGGACUGGAGCACAUUGCUUUCACCUUCCCAUCGCUUUCCGCACUGCUUCUGGCUUAUCGGCAACGUAAAGCCCGCGGAAUCUCGCCUGUUUGGUGCGUCAACCACGGGCCCACGACGUCCAUCUACUAUAAAGACCCGGAUGGCAACAUGCUCGAGACGCAGGUUGACAACUUUGACACUGUCAAAGCGGCCAAAGACUUUAUGAAUAGCCAAUACUUCGCCGAGAACCCGAUUGGCACGGAUUUCGAUGCGGAGGAACUGAUUCAGAAGAUCAAGGAUGGAGUGCCCGACGCGGAAUUGAAGGAACGGGUGGAAACUGGACCAAGAGCGCUUCCUGAUUUGUCAGUGAUGUAA